ACGCGCGCUCCGCCCAGACAUGAACUACAUCUUCGGCAACAACACCUUCUACCCGCGGGGCGUCCGUGGCGGCUCGGGCCCCGGCUCCUCGGGGGGGCCCAAGCAGAAGCCGUGGGCCAAGCGCAGCUCCGCCGAGGAGCUGCCGGCCCCCCCCUCGCGCUGGCACCAGCUGCUCGCCUUCUUCACCCGCCAAAACGCCUUCACCGACUGCAUCACCGCCGGCGCGGGCCAGCAGACGGACGCUGCGCCUCCCUCUGUACCCAUAAUUCCUGUGAUCCCUAUCUCGCCAGUCCCGGCCGAGAGCACUGUCAUCCCUCCAUCCACGCCACAGGCGAAUCCACCACCGGUCGUGGUGAAUGCAGACAGUUUGGACACGCCUCCAUACGUAAAUGGAACGGAAGCAGAUUAUGAAUAUGAGGAGAUCACGCUCGAGCGGGGAAAUUCUGGCCUGGGGUUCAGCAUCGCGGGUGGUACGGACAAUCCCCACAUCGGCGAAGAUCCCAGCAUCUUCAUCACCAAAAUCAUCACAGGAGGCGCAGCGGCACAGGAUGGUAGACUUCGAGUGAAUGACUGCAUCCUGAGAGUGAACGAUGUGGACGUGCGGGACGUCACGCACAGCGAAGCGGUGGAGGCGCUGAAGGAGGCCGGCAGCAUCGUCAGGCUCUACGUCCGGAGGAGGAAACCGCUGGGCGAGAAAAUCGCCGAAAUCAAACUCAUCAAAGGUCCCAAAGGUCUCGGUUUCAGCAUAGCAGGGGGGGUGGGAAACCAGCACAUUCCUGGAGACAACAGCAUCUACGUCACCAAAAUCAUCGAGGGGGGGGCCGCGCACAAGGACGGGAAGCUGCACGUAGCAGACAAACUUCUGGCUGUGAACAGCGCUUGCCUUGAGGAGGUGACUCAUGAGGAUGCGGUGGCGGCUCUGAAGAACACCUCGGACGUCGUCUACUUGAAAGUGGCGAAGCCCAGCAGUAUCUUCAUGAAUGACAGCUUCGCCCCCCCGGAUAUCACCAACUCGUACUCCCAGCACCUGGAGAACCAUAUCACCCCGCCCAGCUUCCUGGGUCAGCCGAUAGCGCCCGUCGCCCCCGGACGCUACUCCCCCGUCUCCAAGCCCCUGCUGGGAGACGAUGACAUCACAAGGGAGCCCAGGAAGGUGGUCCUGCAUCGAGGCUGCACGGGGCUGGGCUUCAACAUUGUGGGCGGAGAAGAUGGAGAGGGCAUCUUCAUCUCCUUCAUCCUGGCGGGAGGCCCAGCGGAUCUGUGCGGGGAGCUGAGGAAAGGAGACCGCAUCGUGUCUGUGAACGGGGUGGACCUGCGCUGUGCCACGCACGAGCAGGCGGCGGCGGCGCUGAAGAACGCCGGGCAGACCGUCACCAUCGUGGCCCAGUACCGGCCCGAGGAGUACAGCCGGUUCGAGGCGAAGAUCCAUGACCUGCGCGAGCAGAUGAUGAACAGCAGCAUCAGCUCAGGGUCCGGCUCCCUCCGGACCAGCCAGAAGAGGUCGCUAUACGUCAGGGCGCUGUUCGACUACGACAAGACCAAGGACUCGGGCCUCCCCAGCCAGGGCCUGGACUUCAAAUUCGGGGACAUCCUGCACGUGGUGAACGCCUCGGACGACGAGUGGUGGCAGGCGCGGCAGGUGACCCCCGACGGCGAGGUGGAGGAGAUCGGCGUCAUUCCCAGCAAGAGGAGGGUGGAGAAGAAGGAGAGGGCUCGAUUAAAGACCGUCAAAUUCAACCCCAAGUCCCGGGAAAAAGGGGAGAUCCCAGACGACAUGGGAUCGAAAGGCCAGAAGCAUGUAACCUCUAACGCCAGCGAUAGCGAGAGUAGCUACCGUGGCCAGGAGGAGUAUGUUCUCUCCUACGAACCCGUCAAUCAGCAGGAAGUGACGUACACCCGCCCGGUGAUCAUCCUGGGGCCCAUGAAGGACCGCAUCAACGACGACCUGAUCUCCGAGUUCCCCGACAAGUUUGGGUCCUGCGUGCCCCACACAACCCGACCAAAGCGUGACUAUGAGGUGGACGCCAGGGACUACCAUUUUGUGGUGUCGCGCGAGCAGAUGGAGAAGGACAUCCAGGAUCACAGGUUCAUCGAGGCCGGGCAGUACAACAACCAUCUGUACGGCACCAGCGUCCAAUCGGUGCGCGAGGUGUCGGAGAAGGGCAAGCACUGCAUUCUGGAUGUGUCUGGAAACGCCAUCAAGAGGCUCCAAAUCGCUCAUCUGCACCCUAUCGCUAUCUUCAUCAAACCAAAAUCCGUGGAAAAUAUUCUAGAGAUGAAUAAGAGGCUGACGGAGGAACAGGGCAGGAAAACCUUCGACAGAGCCAUGAAGCUGGAGCAGGAGUUCACUGAGCACUUCACCGCUAUCGUACUGGGGGACACCCUGGAGGAGCUCUACAGUCAAGUGAAGCAGAUCAUCGAGGAGCAGUCUGGGCCCUUUAUAUGGGUCCCGGCCAAAGAAAAAUUGUGAAGACGCAGAAGCUCUAGCUUUUCUUUAUUUGAUUUUUUUAAAUAAUUAUUAAUUAUUGUUAUUAUUGUUUGAUUUCUUUUUUUUUCUUUUUUUUAACCAGCCUGGCCUGUUGUGUCUGACAGUGCUGGCUCCUCGCUCCAGGUGUUUGGGUGCACCUGCCCCUCGCUCCAGGUGUUUGGGUGCACCUGCCCCUCGCUCCAGGUGUUUGGGUGCACCUGCCCCUCGCUCCAGGUGUUUGGGUGCACCUGCCCCUCGCUCCAGGUGUUUGGGUGCACCUGCCCCUCGCUCCAGGUGUUUGGGUGCACCUGCCCCUCGCUCCAGGUGUUUGGGUGCACCUGCCCCUCCUGCCGUUACCUUUGAAGGUCGGGCCGUGGUCGUAGAAUGGUUUCCAUGGCAACCCGUUUCUGGUUCUUCAAGACUGGAGUUUAGACCUCCUGAUUGGAUCAUUGAUGAUUUCCUUCGGAGGGGGGUGGAGGGGUUGGACUGGGGGGAGGCACUGCCUGACCAGCAACUAUAAGGGGAAUUUACGGUACAAUUCCUUAAUGUUUAAGGGAGGUGACUUUCUGCGAAAAUAAUAAAUAAAAUCUAGAUGCAUAUAUAUAUAUAUAAUUUUAUUAUUUUUCAUUACAGUGGAAGGAAAUGCAGUCAUGUGCAUAUUGGUUCAUUAAAAACAUGAAGCAAAACUUUGCACGUCAUAGCUUUAACAGCAUGUUUUGAUUAAUAUAUUUUUUCUGUCAAGCUUUUGUUUUUCUUUAAUUUGCCGUUCCUUUUUUUUGUUUGUUUGUUUGUUUGUUUGGUUUUUUGGGAAGGCCUGUGUCUGAAUUGCAGUUAUCAUAGCCUUGUUUUAAUUUUACCGUACUGUUCCAUGCGUAUUUCCAAAACCCCAACAAUCUGUUCACAUCUGUCUGCCAUUUUGUUUUUGAUUUUUUGCACUAAAUAGCUGCACGAGUACAAGAUGGCGUGAGGCGUUUGUUAGAGUGGUCCUCUGACACGUACAGUAAGCAGCACCCCAUGAUUAAAAACCGCUUUUCUCUCCGUGAUCACCGGCUAUUUUUCUUAUCUUUUGGUGCUUCUGAGAAUUCAUUAAAUGCAAACACAGCGAUGAAAUGGAGUGGCUGUUUUUCAAAAACCGAGAUGUCAGGCAGGCAGGGGGCAAAAAAACACUUGCGAAACUGAAACCGAAGGAAUUUAAUGUACACUGAGAUUUUAACAGAUAUUUAACCCUCAGUAAACUGCCUAUUUUCUUAUAAUAAAAAGUCUAUAUUGAACUUAAACUUAAACACUACAACUGUGGGAAUUAUUUUCUUUACAUUGUCAGGCAUAUAUAAAUAUAAAUAUAUAGAUAUAUAAAUAUAAAUAUGAAUAUAUUUUUUCCUUUGCUCUUACCGUUACUUCCUUUGCCGUGUAAAUUUCCUUUCUGAACGUUGAAACAGGAAAAGACCCAUCCUAACAGACGAAGCCCAGGGGGUAUGGGAAUGCAGUAUUUGGUAUCAAGCAGUCGCAAAACAAGUAACCGUGGCAGCUAGUUCUCCUCUUACCUGGCCCUUCCAUAUGAAUUCUCUGUGAGUUUUUUCAUGUGAUGUGCAUGGUUUUUAAAGCAAUAGUCUUUAUUAUAUAAAAAAUAAGUUUUAACUAAAAACGGGAAAAAAAAAAGAUUAUGAAAAAAUGACUCUUGUGUUUCUCACCUGGGGUUUGUGAAAUGUCAUAUCUAAAAGCCGUAGCUACGCCUGGGGUUGUAUAGGCUUCUCUUGUGUGGACAUUGGCCAUUUGACUUGGUUCUGAACAGAAGCGCUGUUUUAAUUACGAGCCUUUAGUCCUCCAUCCACCAGAGGGAGCUCUGCCCGGUUCCCCCUGCUCGUCCUCAUGUUCCUCGGAGAUGAUGAUUGUUUUCUAUGAGACUGCUUCGUUCUUUUAUCACCUCACCCCACCGCUUUUGUUACUCAUUUUUGGACUGGAUUAUGUAAAUAGCCUGUCGGCCUGAUUCAUUCCAUUUGUCUAAAGAGGAGAACUGCUAAUAAAAUCUUUCUCUUACAACGCA